GACACGUACAACACUUUGAGAUACGCAGACAGAGCCAAACAUAUACGAGCGGAUUUGAAAAAAAAUGUAAUGAAUGUUGAUUUUCAUGUUGCCAACUACAAGAAGUAUGUCCAAGAGCUGGAAAAAGAGAACCAGGAGCUGAGGCAAGCCAAGCAGAAGCUGAUGGAAAGACUGGAAGGGAACGACACUUUAACGGCUUGCCCUCCUCUUGUCAAACGAUUCCAGGAAAAGCUUGUUGAGGUUUUCAAGGCGAGGAAAGAGAUUCGCAAGUCUCAGGUGGCUUCCGAUGGGGCCAAGAGAGAGCUGAAAUGGAAGGUUGCCCGCAAAGAGCAGACUAUCCGGCGUGUGCAGAAACUGACAGAGUCGAUGCACGUCAUUGGGAAGCACAGUCGGGUGGUCGAGCGGAUGAAGAGAAGGAUCGAGACCGAGGACGCGGAUCUGAAAGCCUCAACGAGAAGGCUGCAGGACCAGGAGGACGCAAUACAGAGUCUGUACUCUGAGGCCGUGUCCGCCUUGAGGAGGUCGAAAAGUUCCCCUGAGGUCCUGGAUCUGAGCAUCAAAAUGCACUCGGCCGAGGCGAGUCUCCAUGACACUCACAUGUACCUGGCCUUUGUGAAGAAGAUGGCGCGGGCGCAGGAGCGACAGGCUGUCGUUAAUGAAAAACUGAUCUCAUGCCUGCUGCAGCUUGUGCGAAAACAGCACGAGGUUUUGCUGGGUAAGGAUCUACUCAACUCCGACCUGAGGUGUCGAUACGAGAAGUGCUGCUACUUGGUGGAGGAGAGAGGCGUGGCCUGGGCUCAAGGUCACAGGGAGGGAAGUCCUGCGAGCCCGGUGAUCAACAACAUGGACACCGGGGUCACGGAGGAUGAGGAGAUGUGCAUCAGCGACAUUAUCGACUUCCCGGUUCCUCGCUUGCACGUGAAUUUAUUUAGGUCGGAAUCCUCGCCCUCUCCUAACGGGAAGAGCUCUGAGCAGUCCCAGCCCCUCCCCCAGCGAGUGGUCAAGCCUACGUUUGCCGUGAAGCCCGCUGCCAGGACGUGCUCUGGGGGAAAUACUGAGGGCCCUCAGAGACCUAGUCCUGUUUCCUCUGGGUACAAAAUGCCCUCGUCUCAGCCUCUCGGCCAGCAAAGACCGCAAGGUCCCGUCUCUAGUCUGCCAACGGCUCCAGUCGUCAAAGGGUGGUCAGAAAUCCAAACGCCAUCUGUGAAUGCUACCACAGCUGCAAACUCCGAAAAUGUGAUCAGAACUUGCCCUGAAUAUAAUAGCUCAAAGAGGGAAUCUCCAAGCUUGCACUGUAAUAAGAACUUUCUGUACUGUAACCCAGCUGCUGUGCCAAGGGUGACCUCCGCUGAAGGUCAGAUUCAAGCAUCUUGUGCUGUCAAAUCAACGACGAAACAGGAGUUGGAGAAGCAGCCUCCAUCGUCGGGUCUCACCACGUCCACUGGUCAGCCUCGGAGCGUGGACUCGUCUGCUGCUGCCGCUGGGGAGGAGAGAAGUAGGACAGACUCGGCCAGCAAUGAAAAUUUAAACGACACGUUUGAGGUGAUUAAGCCUGCGCUGCCAAAUACCCCGUGCAUUGACAACUGCGGGAGAAGCAGGGUGGCGUCUGCCGUCAAGGACUACGAAAAAGCUGCUGCCGAUGCUGCUCCGUUGUCUCAGACACGGUCAAGUGCUGCCAAAAGCCCGCAAGGCUCGCGGAGACACAGAAUGCGAGGCGGCAAAGACAAAUCUUUUCUUCCCCAGAAACUGAUAUUUGGCAAAGAAGAGGUGUCGAAAAUCACUCAACCUCUCAUAGAUGUGUCGCCGAGCUCCCGACAAAAAGCACAGACGAUGUUGGGUGUAAACCUCCCUGCAAAUGUCUCUACUCAAGGCACCAACACUGACACCCAGGUCACCGACCAUGACACCCGGCCGACAAGGCGGCGUCUCUCUGCAGAUUUUCGUUCUCACGCUUGUAGCAAGUCAAAGUCAGAGGGGACGGCAACAUCGCCCUCUCAGGGAAGCAAGCAGGGGGUGAACGAGAACCACGCGAGUCUGUCUCCCACCUCCCAGUCUCCCUCCCCAGUCCAGCACGCGCAGCACGGUGUGAUAUCGAGGUCGCGCUCCUUACAGAUGGGUCUGAAUUCGACUCACCAUCACUCGGAUAGCCAUACGGGUGGGGAGAAUUCUGCGGUGGCUGAGCACACGUCACGGAGACAUCAGGCGCUUUGUAGUAACUCCAACAAUAUGAACGUCUCCACCAGCCCCACCAGCUCUCACUCUAGUCCCAAAAGUUACGCUGAUGCCGUCCGGUCGCCUGCCCCUAGUAGUGUAGAUCUUCCCCAGUCCACAUCGAUGCCUUCCACGCCGCUCGCCUCCCACGGGAGUGAGAAUCCUGCCACCAGUGCCAUGAAGACCCCAGACUUCAGCAACAAUCCCUACAUGACCCAAGUGAUGAACUCACUGAAGAAGCACGGAAUGCCUUGUCUGACGGAAGCCUUUUCUGCCUCUAAAGCCAAGCGGUUAGAGGGGACUGGGCGGAGACGGGAGGCGCUCAAACAGCUGAACACAAACACACUGGCUCCAGCUCCGGUGUCCUCAUCAGACAGCUCUGCAGAAAAAACUCCUGAUCCAGAUGUCUUUGGUGAAUGUUCAGUUGGAAAACAGACUCUCGGGGUAGGGCGAGUGCUUAAAAACUCCACGAAGGAACGGCGCCACAACCGAGCCUUGGCCUCGAACCCGUACCUCCGAGACAGGGUCCACAACGUGAAGAAGCACGGCUUCCCGUCUGCUCUGGAUGUUCUGUCGAAAGUAAACCACAAGCAAUCAUCAGAUACUGUCGGGUCCUCUCAGUCCCAGCCAAGCUACAUGCUUCCCACGAUCUCAACGUCUCAGCGAAUACUCCGCAUGGAGAGGGAGAAGCUCAUGAGGAUAGGGGCAAGAAACCAAAGACAGCCAUAUUCAAUACCCAAGACAACAAUGGCAGGACAGCUAUCAUAACAGUGGUAAACAAGACUGACGUCUCCAAGUAGCCUACUUCAUUUUAAUUUGUUUUUUAUGUCCCUCUCAUCCUAUUUUUGAUAGUAUAGCUUACAGAAAUCCUGUUCACAUUGCUCUAUACUGUGUCAGUCAGUAUUUUAUGGUGCUUCGCAUGUUCAGUCUACAAAUAGGCCUACUUGUCUCAUUCGGCAAUCAGGGACGUCGGUCGGUCGUGUAUCGGUGGCUCAUUGUAGUACUGAAUAUAUAUAUAGUGGAAGGGAACUGGCUGAUGGAUGGUGAUGGUGCUUGUAUAGCAAGGCUUUCUUUUUUCUUUUUUUUUAACUUAAUAUUAUUUUGGACGAGGAGUAGCAUAAUAGGUGCGCACUGAGAAUGUUUUCUUUGAAUUUUAUACAUAGUAUUUUAAGCAUGGUCCUUUUGACAACAUUGUAAAAGAAUAUAUAUUGAAAAAUCUUUUAAGAAUGUUAUUCUACAAAACUUGGAACACUUUGAAAAUUUACUUUUAUCUUUGUGAAAUGUGUUCAAGGCAUUUUACAAACUAUUGGCUUCGCUAUAUCUUUAACUAUAAUGAAUGCAGUCUUUGUUUUGUUUAAAUUAAUAAAAUUACAUUGAUAUUUGACUCAU